AUGGGCAUCCCACGUACCUGGGGAGGUGUCCUUGGUGGACUGUCUGCAUUCUGUGCUAUUGCUCAGGCGCAGACAUCCACUCCUUCGCCAACUUCCUCUGCCUCCGCUCAGUUCACUGUGCCCGCUGACGCAAAUGUCGCUCCUGCCAUGAUUCCCAAUAUCAAGGACCCACAGGCAGUGGACGCACAGACCGUCUGCCCGGGAUACACUGCUUCCAAUGUCCAACAGACUGCCUCUGGCUUCACCGCUUCUCUUGCUCUCGCCGGAAAUGCAUGCAAUGUCUAUGGUACCGAUAUUGACUCUUUGAGUCUCACUGUCGAGUAUCAGCGUGAGGACCGACUGCGUGUUGCGAUCGUGCCAACCUACAUCGGCGCAGAGAAUGCAACCCACUACGUUAUUCCUCCGGGUUAUCUGGCUGAAGCAAAGGUGGAGGAGUCCAACGUCGUCUCGGACUUGGAAUUCUCCUGGACCAAUGACCCAAGCUUCGGAUUUGAAGUGACCAGGAAGUCAACCAAAGAUGUUCUUUUCUCUACCAAGGGAACGAAACUUGUCUUUGAGAACCAGUUUGUUGAAUUCAAGAGCUCCCUCCCUGAGAACUACAAUCUGUAUGGAUUGGGCGAGUCGAUCCAUGGAUUCAAACUGGGAAACAACUACACCAAGACCUACUAUGCGGCAGAUGCUGGCGCCACCGUUGAUAUCAACGUUUACGGCACCCACCCUUUCUACUUGGAGACCCGUUACUUUAAGGAGGAAGCUGAUGGCAGCCUCACACUGGUAACAAGCGACGAAGCCAGUCCAAAUUCCAACUACACAUCUGUGUCCCAUGGAGUGUAUUCUCGAAACGCGCAUGGACAAGAUAUCUUGAUGCAGGAAGACAGCAUUACCUACCGGGCUAUUGGUGGCAGCAUCGACCUAUACUUCUUCCCAGGCCCAAGUCAACCAGAGAUCACCAAAUCAUACUUGACUACUGUCGGUUUGCCUGCGAUGCAGCAGUACUGGACCUUUGGUUUCCACCAAUGUCGGUGGGGAUACAAGAGCUGGGCAGAACUCGAGGAUGUCGUGAACAAUUACACGUCCUUUGGCAUCCCGAUGGAAACUAUUUGUCCCAAGGGAAAGGAAAAAGGCAGCUCGACUGACAAUAUUUCUUCAAGGACUGAUAUUGACUGGAUGCUUCGUUACCGCGACUUUGAAAACGACCCUGAAGGGUUUGAUGACGAGUCAAGCAAGGGUUUCAUUCAGCGUCUCCAUGACAGUGGUAGACACUAUGUUCCAAUCAUCGAUUCAGCCAUUUACAUUCCCAACCCGGAGGUCCCGGAGGACGCAUACCCUGUCUUCGAGAGAGGAAACGAAGCUGGAGCUUUCCUGACAAACCCCGAUGGCAGCAUCUAUGUCGGUGCUGUCUGGCCAGGAUACACUGUCUUCCCUGACUGGUUGGCCGAAGGCACUGAGCAAUGGUGGAUUGACGAGAUGGUUAGAUACCACCAGAUCACCGGGUACGAUGGUGCAUGGAUUGAUAUGAGUGAAAUCUCUUCCUUCUGCGUUGGAAGCUGCGGAAGUAACAACCUCACCCUCCAACCUGUGCAUGUUCCUUUUGCCCUGCCUGGAGAGGCUGCCAACCCGGUUCUUAUCUACCCCGAAGGAUUCAACAAAACCAACGCCACCGAAGCUGCCUCUGCUUCAGCAGCACGCGCCUCCUGGUCCAGUGCUUAUCCGACCAGUUCUGCCACUCCCACUUCCUACGUCCGCACCACCCCUACUCCGGGUGUUCGCGAUGUCAACUACCCUCCCUAUGAGAUCAACAAUGUCAAGGGCGCCUUGGCUGUGGGUGCUAUCUCGCCCAACGCAACCCACGCAGACGGCACACUCGAAUAUGACAUGCACAACCUUUGGGGUCAUGGUAUCCUCAAGGCCACAUAUAAUGCUCUCUCUGCUAUUUCUCCCGAUGCGCGGCCCUUCAUUCUUGGUCGCUCAACAUUCGCCGGUUCCGGAUCGUACGCCGCCCACUGGGGUGGUGACAACUGGUCUAACUGGCCAAGUAUGUUCUUUUCCAUCCCGCAGGCUCUUUCCAUGUCGCUCCUAGGAAUUCCCAUGUUUGGAGCUGACACAUGUGGAUUUGCCGAUAACACUGAUAUGGAGCUGUGCAACCGCUGGAUGCAAUUGAGCGCUUUCUUCCCCUUCUAUAGAAACCAUAACAUCAUCGGUGCCAUCAGCCAGGAAGCAUAUAGAUGGUCCUCUGUUAUCGAUGCCAGCAAGACGGCUAUGGCUAUUCGAUACCAGCUUCUACCUUACAUGUACACGCUCUUCUACCACGCCCACACAAAGGCUGAGACAGUCAUGAGGGCUCUCGCUUGGGAGUUCCCUAACGAUCCAUCUCUCGCUAAUGCCGAUCGCCAGUUCAUGCUGGGUCCCUCUAUCAUGGUUAUUCCUGUCCUCGAACAGGGUGCAACAUCCGUGAACGGUGUCUUCCCUGGCCUUAUCGAAGGCGAGGAAGUCUGGUAUGACUGGUACAAAAACACCGCCGUCCCCGUGCCUGCCCAAGCGAACACAACUAUCCCCGCCCCUCUCGGCCACAUUCCCGUCUACGCCCGUGGAGGUUCCGUCUUGCCCCUUCAGCAAGCUGCACUCACCACCAGAGACGCACGAAACAGCCCCUGGGAUAUCCUGGUGGCACUGGGCAAGGACGGCAGCGCAACUGGAAAGCUCUACCUUGACGAUGGAGUCAGCAUUACACCAGACGCCGUGCUUCAUGCGGAAUUCAAGGUCGAGAACAGGAAGCUUGAAACCACCAUUGAGCAUGGUGGAUGGGUUGAAGAGAACAGUCUCAGAAACGUUACCAUUUGGGGUGUUGAGAAGACGAAGCGCCCUAUCAAGUUCAAUGGAAAGGUUGUGCCCGGCAAUAACGUCCACUUCGAUGCUGACAAGAACACCCUGGUCGUUUCCCUGUCCAGUGCCUCGGCUUGGACUGGAAAGGGUUGGUCAUUGGAAUGGUAG